UGGUUCAAUUUUUUCUCUGUGGUCUUUAUGGUACAUUCUAUGAUGGUGCAACUGUUCUGCCAUAGAUAAGUAGAAAGCGGUUCCGUUGUUUUUUAUGCCGAUAGGCGUUCUGAGGUGCGGAAGGGUCGAGCGUGUGGUCCGUAUAUUCGAGCAGAAGGAUCGUUGGGUGUAGCGCGUUGCUGUAUUAUACCUGGAGCGCUCGCUGCCUGCAACAUACUUCGGUGGGCCGCAGUAGCGCAGAGGAACCGGGAAAACCACGGCACAAGAUAGAGCGCUUUCGGACGUAUGUGGCGCUCGUUUGAGAAGGCCACAGGCCAGCGUGUUCACUGUAGCCACCCGACCUGCGGCAGCGCGCGGAGGCAGUAACCGAGGUGCGUGAAGUAGCAGCACAAGCCAAAUGACAGGCCUUUGAAAUGUCUUUGGCUUAUAAUUAGGUGGGAGAUUAUUUUUUUACCAGAUGGAAUAUCCGCACUGAUUGACAACCUCAAGCUAUCCUCAUUGGCCGGUGACAACGAAAUCACCUCGGAGCUUUUCAAAAUAUAACAAGAACCGCUGACUGGUUAGUGCUUCCAUCUGCUUUGAAUCCUGCCGCUUCUGGAAGGUGGACGCGGCCUACUGGUUUUGCUUUGUGAUGGAUGGACAAAAGCUUUAUUUGAAGCCAAUGACUGGUAGUUUCUCCUCUUGCGGGAGGCGAUGGGGAUUAGUCAGCCCAGAGGCCCUACUCCCAGGCAGCUGCCUCGGCCUGCCCUGCAACCCAGACCUGCCCAUCUGGGACGCAAAAUGCAGCUUUGAAUCUCGGAGUAGGCUGGAGAAGUUGCUGGACAAGGCCGAAAGCAGACCCUCUGGAUCAGCAGUCACAGUGUCAAGCGACAACCCCGCCACUCCGCAACCCUCCGAAUCAGCAGUCACAAUGUCAAGCGACACCCCCACCACUCCGGAAACAAGCGAUGCUGCCUCUUCAGGCGAUCCAGCUACCACGAAUAACGACACAGGGAACCCUGCCACCACCAGCGCAGUGUGCUCAACGCCUCAACGAAAACGCAGACCCAAGGGCGAAGGACCCCAUGCAUGUCCCAUGUGUGAAAAGACCUUUGUCCGCAGAUCGUGCGUCCAACGACACUUGAAGACCACGCAUGAGGGCGAAAGACCUUACCAGUGCCCCAUCUGCGAAAGGAGGUUUUCGCAGAAGGUGUCGCUCACAAGACACCAACACACGCACACCGGCGAAAAGCUGCACGAGUGUUCCAUGUGCGGAGGCAAAUUUGCCUCCGAGAAAACCCUCAGCGCACACCAGCUGACGCACAUCGGCGCAAGACCGUACCAAUGCCCCACCUGUCCAGCUGCGUUUGCCAGGAAGGACACAUUGAAUUGUCACCUGCUUACUCACACCGGAGAGCGUCCACACAAAUGCAAUCUGUGCGGCGCAAGUUUUUCCGACAAGGCGGCGCUCAGGCGUCACCGCCUCAUUCAUGUGCGUCAGGCCGUUGUCUCUGCGAUCGAAUCGGCGCGCCAUUGCAAUCUCGAAAGCCAUGGUCAGGUGCCCAUCACCUCAGAUUCCCCACGUUCAUCUGGAACUUCUUCACCCCUUAUCAUGCCACAGGCGGAUGAUGAUGAACAGAUGUAUGCGAACGAGCAGUUCCCUUACCACUGCAGUCCGUGUGGCAGGAACUUCGUUCGGAGGGAAACAUUCACUAACCACAUGAGACAACACGCAGAUGGAAAGGUGCAUGCCUGCAGCGAUUGUCCAGUCACGUUUGCUCAUAAAAGCCACCUGGACCGACACAAGCUCCAACACUCCGGCAGGAAACCCUACGAAUGCAACAUGUGCGGUAGGAGGUUCACUAGGCCCUGGGGCCGGUCACGUCACUUGCGAGAAGCUUGCUGUGCUAGGGAGAAAAUUGUUACAGGUGCACAGGUGACUGGCGAGGUUUCGCUGAGCAGCCACCAAAUGCCAGCACUGUCAGAAGACAAUGAAAACACCGCUUUAGGGCUUCAUCUGUUCUACUUGCAGGUGUCUGGUAGGGCUUUGCCGAAUAGCCACCAGAUGCCACCACCCUCCGAAGGAGACGAUAACGCUUUAGGGCUUGAUCUGGUCCAGUCUGAGGUGGCUGUGAAGGCUUCACCGAGUGAAUGCCGGACACCACCACCUUCAGAAGGCGAGGAUAACACCAUCCUAGGGCUUGAUCUGUUCCACUGUGAUGUGGCUGACAAGGCUUCGCCAAGUGGCCGUCAAACAGUACCACCAUCAGAAGACGACGGAAACACCGCUUUGGGACUUGAACUCUUCCACUCCAAGGUAGCUGUGAAGGCUUCUCCAAGUGAACACCGGAUGUCACCAGCAUCAGAAGGCGAGGAUAAUGCCGUUCUAGGGCUUGAUCUGUUCCACUGUGAAAUGGCUGACAAGGCUUCGCCAAAUGGCCGCCAGGCACCACCUGAGAAUGGCGGAAAGGUGUGUUCAUAACUUGGUCCGUUCUUUUGAGAGCCAAUGGGUGUAUCCGUCAAGGAGAUGACUAUCAAGCUUUCGCCAAAGAGCCACCAGAUGUGUCCACCGUGAAGAAAUUUGUUGCUGGUUUGUGGUUGGCAAAGUUAUACCUUUAUUUGCAGGCUCAAGCAAAUGCCCACUUUAUCAUGAAAUACUGACACUGGACAGAAUGUCUUCAUUUCAUUGUGCACUUCUCUAAACAUGCAGUGAUGAACCAAACAGCCAAGCAGCACCUUUAAAUUAUACUUCUGUCUCCUGAAUAGGUUAUGUAAAGUUUAUAAAGGACUCGUGCCAAA